CGGAGUCAUGAAAGUGUUUGUAAACAACUCAGUCACAAGGCGCAGCAAACUGGAGUCGGACCAUUCCCCGCACACAUCUCUGAGUGUCAACACAUCCUCCAAAGCUUCCCUGAUAUUGGGAUGUGAAGGAUGUCUAAGAUUGGGAUUUGUCGAUGUCUUUAAGUCGACAGGAUGACCCAACUGUGACACCAGUGAUUGACUCAUAGCCGUUUGGGUUAGGGUUACCUGUCUUCUGGAAAAGCCUCAAGACCCUUUCAUUACAUUUGUACUGUACACAUAUUGAGAUAAGAUGCCUUGGCCAUUUUCGGAGUCCAUUAAGAAGCGGGCCUGCAGAUACCUCCUGCAUCGGUACCUUGGCAACUUUCUGCAGGAGAAGCUGAGCUUGGAUCAGCUCAGCUUAGACCUCUAUCAAGGCACGGGAUCACUUGCCCAAGUGCCACUGGAUAAAUGGUCACUGAACGAGCUCCUAGAGACGGCAGACGCCCCUUUUGAAGUAAUAGCAGGGUUCAUCCAGACGAUUUCACUGACUGUCCCAUGGGCGGCCCUGUUACAUGAAAAUUGUGCCCUAGAGGUCAAGGGUUUGGAGAUGGUGUUAAGACCAAGACCAAGAGCAGCAUCUGGUGUUGAACCCAUGUACUGGUCCAGUUUCAUGACGAGCAGCAUGCAACUUGCCAAAGAAUGUCUGAGCCAGAAACUUACCGACGACAUGGGAGAGACCUUCCAGCCUUUUGAAGGAUUAGAAACGUUUGCAGAAACAAUAGAGACGGUUCUGAGAAGAGUCAAAGUGACAUUUUUGGAUACUGUUCUUCGAGUUGAACACAUUCCAGAAAAUUCUAAAACUGGAAUCGCUCUUGAGAUUCGGAUCAACAAGAUUGUUUACUGCGAUGAAACAGGCGAUGAGAGCUCAAAUGUGAAUGUGCAUCAGCCAACCACAUUUGCACAUAAAAACCUGCAGAUGGAAGGUAUCACCAUAUUUUGGGACGAGUUCUCAGAUGUGUCUCGAGCUGGUUGCAAAUCUUCACCCACUCCAACGGAGACUGAGCCAAAACUGUCUCCUAGCUGGAAUCCCAAAAUUAUCUGCGAGCCUCAUCCGCAGUUCACAGAGCCGGUGUCCUCUACAACACCCUUUCAAUCUGUGCAGAUUGGGAUUCUCAGUGGCAAAAUUGAGCUGUCUCUCACUCUGAAAAACAACCUAGCUAUGCCUGGAGCAAAGCUGGAUGUUGUUGGACAUAUUGACACACUGAUUAUUCUGCUGUCACCACGACAAGUUCAUCUUCUUCUGGACAUGUUUGGAGCUUUCUCUGGUGGAAGUACACAGGAAUGGGCCAAGGAUAGAAAGAGUCGACCCAUGCAGCAGGAGGAUGAGUAUCGCCUCCAUAUGGAACUUAACCGCUGCCUGAAGAAGGAUACUGCAGGACCAGGAGCUGACCCUGAACUCUUUGAUAGCCAGACUACCAGAACUGUGUCAAGUCGAGAUGAUGUGUUCUUCUCAAUGGCUGACAUGGACAUGUCUCACAGCUUGUCAUCCCUCCCUCCUCUGGGUGAACCACCCACUGUUGACUUGGAUUUGUCACUGAAUAGCAACUAUUCUGCUUCCCCAGGAGAGUCUCCUUCUGGAAACACAACAGCUCUGUGGGACGAUUACAUGGAUGUACCACGACAGAGAGAGAAGCAGAAUAAUGAAACUCCCGUCCAGCCGCGGGACACACAGCUCCAUCAUAAAUUACUGAGACAAACUUCUCAUCCAUCCAAAACCCACGGUGACGAGUCAAGGCCAGAGCUGGUUUUAAGGCUAACACUGAGCAGCCUGGCCAUCUCAGUCCUCCACAUCGAUCCACUGCCACCACCAGAUGCUACACCCAGUCCUCUUGGCCCUAUGGCGGCACACUUUUUCAGCAUGGUGGGCCCAGGCCAGCUUGACCCGGCUGCUUUCCUUCAGUCUCGAACAGUCUUCAAUCAGGCCUGUCCCCACGACCACCUCAGGUUUGUGGGCCAGGGUCUGAAGGUAAACUAUGAGCACUGUCAGGGAUCCAGCCUGCGAACUUUUAGUACCGACGUCUCCCUUAACCAGAUGGAGUUGCUGGAGUGUUUGUUCCCCUCGGAGGCUGCUGUUGGUGGCUCCCAAAGAGGCAUUCAAUACACUGAGCUCCUGACAUUUGACACCACAGCCAGUGCUGAUGCGCCGCUUACCACCUGCCUUCACCUGCUUUACAAACAAGCUGAGCGCAGAGGCCCUCAGGGUGGCCAGGUGCGUCUCAGCACCAUCCCCAGGAAGGCUGAGAUCCAGGUGGAGAUGGGCCCUGUGCGCUGUGAGCUGGACAUCAGCAUCGUAGACCGUCUCAACUCACUACUUCAGCCUCAGAAGCUGGCUACCACAGAGAUGAUGGCCUCCCACAUGUACACAUCCUAUAAUAAACAUGUCAGCUUGCACAAGGCCUUUACAGAGGUUUUCCUUGAUGACAGCCACACACCUUCCAGUUGUCAUGUAUCACUGACUGUUAGUGCCCCAAUGCUGGGCCUUGCAGUCCGGUUUCCCAUUCCUGACCUUCGGUCAGAUCAGGAGAGGGGCCCUUGGUUCAAAAAGUCUCUGCAGAAAGAAGUACUCUACCUGGAGCUGGAAGACCUGGAAGUGAAAACAGAGUUCAUGGGUGGCAGCUCCCCUGAUCAAACCAAGAUGGAACUAACUUUCAGGGAGCUUAUUGGGAAGUUCCAGGAGGAGCCGGAUCAACCAGCUACCCGGUUCCUCAGAGUGUCCCACACCAUGGACGGAGACAUGACAACAUCUGAGAGUGUAAAAUUUGAUUGGCCGAGGAUCGUGCUGAAGAUGAACCCCACCGCAGUCCACUCAAUCCUGGAGCGUGUGACGGCUGAAGAUGACGAGGGAGCUGAGGACCAUUCGCUUGAAGAGGAAGAGGAGGAAGGGGCUGCUCAUUCAUUGAAGGAUGUGUGUGACUUUGGGAAACCAGAACCAUCACCCUUCUCUUCACGUAGAGUUAUGUAUGAGAAUGAAGAGAUGGUUAUUCCUGGUGAUGUAGCUGAGAUGACAGAGUUCCAGGAAAAAACCAUGAACAAUUCUCGUUUCAUCCUUGAGCUGUGUUUCCCCAAUGUGCAGUUAGCGCUUCCCAGCAAGGCAUUUUAUGAAAAAUUACACAACAGAAUAAACAAUGACCUGCUGCUGUGGGAGCCCACUGCUCCAUCUCCAGUGGAGACAGUGGAGAGCAUGCCAUAUGGAGUCGGACUCUCUGUCGCCAGUCAGUUGAUCAACACUUACGCCAAGGACAGCUUCAGCCAAUUCCGCUCAACCGCUCCUGAGGAAGAGACCAGUGGCUCUGAGGAAGAGAACAUGCACUACUACUGUCCUGCCACUGACAUUGGCCUCAGGUCUCGUAAGAAGAAAAAGCCCAAAGCGCAGAGCAAGACCUCCCAGAGCCUGUUCUGUGUCAUCCUCAGUGUCAAUCAUGGCCUGGUGGCUCUUCAAACUAAUGCUAAGAAGGAGGAUAAAACUAUACUGAAAAACAAACAUGGUGAGUUCUGGAUGGAGAUAAAAAACGCAGUGCUGUUCAGCGUAACGCAGUAUGAAGGCUGUAAAGACCAACACUACAUCUGCUUCCACACCAGCAACAUCUGCAUGCAUCACCAAGGACUUGUAGAUGGAGGCAGCUCCGUCUCAGACAUCAAGUUGCCUUGCAGGACACAUCCUCAUUGGUUAGAGCCAACAAUCUACCAGUCAGAGACACCUCCUGAAAGAUCCUCAACUCCCUCAGAGGGUAUUGGUCUGGAGGCUCGCAGCAUGGUGUCUGUCGCCGUCAAAAUCUCAUCACAGAAUGCAGAACGCAAUGUCAAGGAGUGUUUGGUUGCUGUCGGGGUGAGAGGAGCCACGCUUCAACACAGAGUGGUUCCACCCAGCAUGGGCUGGUAUGACCAGAUUGUUGACUUUUUGAAUGUUUCCGAUGAGCCCGUGUUGGGUUACGCGCCUCCUACAUCUGUCACCACCCUGCACCUACAUCUUUGGAGCUGCUCUUUAGACUACAGACCCCUUUACCUGCCGCUCAGAUCACUGUUGGUGGUAGAAACCUUCAGCAUCUCCAGCAGUGUCUCUUUAGACCACUCGUCCUCAACACUCAGGAUCAUUUUGGACGAAGCUGCUCUGUUCCUCUCAGAUAAGAGUAACGCUGUCUCUGUCAAUUUAGUGCGUGACUAUGUCCAAGUGGUAGACAUGGGAACACUGGAGUUGAGGAUUACAGCUGUCAAACCUGGAUUGGAUGGAAAAUUGUCUGAGCCCAGAUUUGAGCUGCGCUGCUCAAGUGACGUCAUUCACAUCAGAACAUGUUCGGACUCCUGUGCUGCCCUCAUGAACCUGAUCCAGUAUAUAGCCAGCUAUGGAGAUUUGCUGCCCCCUGCAGAACCUGAAGCCAAGCACAGCAGCACUACACAAAGAAACAAGGCGGAGUUUCCCAGCAGGCCCUCAUCUCAGACCUCACUGCUUGCCGAGACUGAGCAGCAGAUGUUGCAGGAUCUGAUGAGUGAAGCCAUGGAGGAGACUGAUGGGCAGCAUGCACCAGGGCUGCAACAGAAUGGUGCACACGAGGAGCGCAAUCUCGAUCAUGACCCGCCUCGCUCAGACCUAUUCCUGUUCCCAGAUGAGAGUGGGAAUUUUACCCAGGACUCAAGCCCCACUUACCCCAUGCUUCACUCUCCUCUCAUCACUCCUGUCCCUACUCUGGCCCAGGAGACGGACGACUUUUGUAUCCUUGAAACACCGGGUUCCAGAGGAGAGGAUCGUGAUCAGGAGCCUGUGGUAAAGCAGCUUACCUCAGACCCCGUGGAAAUCAAAGAUGAUCACUUCAGUCAGCCUCUGGAUGGGAGUGAUUCCAGAGGAGGAGCUAUGAACUUUCCCAUCCCAGAGGUGCGCUACCUCAUCAAGGAGAUCUCUGUCGUGUGGCACCUUUAUGGCGGGAAAGACUUUGGGAAUGCAACUUUCACAGCCUCUCCUGCCAGAAGUCGGGGGUCCACUCCCCAUAGCUCCCCAUCUCAAACUCCAGUCAGACAGGCCAGGGUUUCGGGAUGGGCAGGAGGUGGAAAAGGAAGAAAUCCUGAUGUCCUGAUGGAGAUCCAACUCAGCAAGGUGAGAUUUCAGCAUGAGGUGUACCUACAGACCCAGGUGGCUUCAGGGUCAGCAGUGGACCAGCCAGUGUCCCGGCAGGUGUUUGUUGUACAGGAUUUGGAGAUUAGAGACCGACUGGCUACCUCACAGAUGAACAAGUUCCUGUACUUGUACUCCAGCAAGGAAAUGCCUCGAAAGGCCCAUUCUAACAUGUUGUCUGUAAAGGCACUGCACAUGUGUCCGGAGUCAGGCCAGGCACCACAGGAGUGCUGUUUGCGUGUCUCCCUGAUGCCACUUCGCCUCAAUAUUGAUCAGGAUGCACUAUUCUUCCUGAAGGACUUCUUUACUAGUCUUGCUACUGAAGUUGAGUUUUUCUCACCUCCUGCUCAAGAAGCAGUCUGUGUUUCUACAAAAAAAGCUGCUGCCCCAGAGAUCUCCUGCAGCUUCUCCAAGCACACCGUCAGCAGCCAGGACCCGGCCCCCAUCAUCUCAGUGCCUGCUCAGAGACGUUUGAGCCACAAUGGUUUCUCCACAUCUGGCAGGGAGGAAGGGAAUGAAAAUGAAGCGUCUGCACCAUCCUUCACAGACCAACCAAUCUUCUUUAGGGAGUUUCGAUUUACCUCUGAGGUUCCCAUUCGCUUGGAUUACCACGGGAAACAUGUUUCAAUGGAGCAGGGAACAUUUGCAGGGAUCAUUAUCGGGUUGACACAGCUGAAUUGUUCAGAGCUGAAACUGAGACAGCUGUGCUACAGACAAGGUUUAUUAGGUGUGGAUAAGCUGUUUUCCUAUGCAAUAAAUGAGUGGCUAAAUGACAUCAAGAAAAACCAGCUUCCAGGACUACUGGGAGGUGUGGGACCUAUUCACUCUCUGGUACAGCUGGUUCAGGGAUUCAGGGACUUGGUGUGGCUUCCAAUUGAGCAGUACAGGAAAGAUGGACGGAUAGUCCGUGGUUUUCAGCGCGGCACUGCUUCCUUCGGAACGUCCACUGCAAUGGCUGCUCUGGAGCUCACCAACCGGAUGGUGCGGACCAUCCAGGCCGCAGCUGAGACAGCCUACGAUAUGGUGUCUCCAGUGCCCGAUGAGAGAGACACAAAGAGGAUAAAACGGUUCUCCUAUUAUGGACUAGCUCACCAGCCCGUUGACUUGAGGGAAGGUGUAGCCAAAGCUUAUACUGUUGUAAAAGAGGGGAUCACAGACACUGCACUGACCAUCUAUGACACAGCCACCCGGGAACAUGAGCAGCGAGGGAUGACGGGGGCUGUGGGUGGGGUUCUCCGACAGCUUCCACCAGCAGUAGUCAAGCCGCUCAUUAUGGCCACCGAAGCCACCUCCAAUGUCUUGGGUGGGAUGAGGAACCAGAUCCACCCUGACGCACGCCAGGAGGAGACUCAAAAAUGGAGGCAAGGCGAGGAGUAAUCUUUGUUGCCAUAUGGUAACUGAAACCAUGGCUGUGCAGAAGCAACAGCUGAUUUUGGAACUUUGUUCAGAGCAUUUUUUUGGAAGACGAACUUCUCAGAGGUGGAUAGCCGGGCCUGCUGUAAAUACAGUAAUGUUCAUCUCGUGGCAAUUUGAGCUGCUGUGAUUCAGCUUUUGUCAGCUUACCAGUUCCCUCACAGUGCCUUCAUGGUUAUCAGUAUUGUCCAACUUGUACGUUAAAUCAGAGGGAUGGACGAGGAAGUAAUGAGCCACAUAUCAGCUUUAUGUGGAUUACGUUCUGUGGUAGGAUAGAAAUGGCAUUUUAAAUGUAAAAUCAUAACAAUGAAGAAAUAGGCUGUUGUCUCAUGAGGCUCAAACAUUUGCUUCAUUUUCAAACAGCUCUGUUUACAAGUUGUGUGUGGUUGCAUUCUCUUAUCCUACUUGGUGUCAACAAACUCUAAUAAUAUAGUUGUGAUGACGCUUAAUUUAUAUAAUAUGUACUGUAUGUGGGCCUUGUUAUUUAUUGUAAAUAUUCCUGACAUUACAUGGAGUUAUAAGAGAACAAAUGUAGAAACUGAACAGCUGUGUAAAGUUCUGUAAUCAGCACUUUUAAGGGUUACUCGCCCAAAUGAAUGAUAGACGGGAAGAUGACUCAAAUUUAUAAUACAAUUUUAUUUCAAGCUGUGAUCAAAAUUGUGUAAUUUUCACAAAAGCUGCUGUCCUGAGGAGCUACUUUCAGAAUUGAAGAAGUUUUAAUUGUUGAAUUCAGUCAGUCUGCUGCUCACAUAUGUUUCAAUUGUUGACACAAACUUGUAAAAGGAAACUACAUCUACUCAAAAUAUUGAAGCAAAGUCUUAACAUCCUGCUCCAUGGAUUUUUUUUAAGUGUAUGUUUUGAAUAAUAUUUGGCGUGUCCAUGUUGUGUUGCACUCAUAGGAUUUGCUCAUUUCCUUGUUUAUGUGGAAGAAGAAUAUUUCUUGUACAUAUGUGUACAGUUGAUUCUUGAAUUUGUAUUAAAAGCAUGAAAGGGAAUUAAAACGUUUAAAUCCACGACGGUACAGAAGAAUUGGCUUUUAUUUAUUUAUGUAUAAACUUUUUUUUUAAAGUUGUCAUGUUGAAUGUUUUUCCGGCAGGUCGGAAGUUACUAAUGUUGCCAUGGUAACACAUGGUAAC